AUGCUGAAGAUUCAGAUGCAGGAGACAAGUUGGAACCCAGCGAAGCCAUUCCAGGGCUGCAGCUCAGACCUCACCCUUGAACAGUUGCCCCUGACUCCCACAGUCUCUGGCCAGCUGCUGCUGCUCCCUCAUGGCAAAACCAAUUCUCCAGUGUCCCUGCUUCUUACACUACCAGAUCCACGAAAAACUAAGCUGCUGAGCUCUGACCUCCGGGCCCCCCGAGAGGCAGCACGUGACCGAGAAACUUUGGCGGGCGGCGGCGCGGCGGCCGAGCUCCCCCGCCCGGCGAGCUCUGCUGCGGGGAGGUGCUCGCUCCGCACCGCGCAGCCUGUACGUGCGGGAACGGCCCCCGCAGCCCAAGCGGACUCUGGAGCCGGCGGCAGCGCGCGUCUCGCAGGCGGCGGCGUCCAGCGCCCGGGCCCGGGCUGCGCGGCCAGCCCAGAGGGCUGCGGCGCCAGGGACGCGCGGGGCCCACGCUCCGCCGCCGCCUGCUGCCGCGAGGUCAUCCGGAUCCUCGUGUGCCAGCCGCUGCCGACUGUCCCCACUCCCCAUCUGCAUGGGAAGUUGGGGAAGAUGGACAAGAUGGACAGGGUCCUGUUGGGGUGGACCGCUGUCUUCUGGUUAACAGCCAUGGCGGAAGGCCUCCAGGUGUCAGUGCCUGACAAGAAGAAGGUGGCCAUGCUCUUCCAGCCCACUGUGCUUCGCUGCCAUUUCUCCACAUCCUCCCAUCAGCCUGCGGUGGUGCAGUGGAAGUUCAAAUCCUACUGCCAGGAUCGCAUGGGAGAAUCCCUGGGCAUGGCCUCUCCCAGGGCCCAGGCUCUCAGCAAGAGGAACCUGGAGUGGGACCCCUACUUGGAUUGUUUAGACAGCAGAAGGACCGUUCGCGUGGUAGCUUCCAAACAGGGCUCAACCGUUACCCUGGGAGACUUCUACAGGGGCAGAGAGAUCACAAUAGUUCAUGAUGCAGAUCUUCAGAUUGGAAAACUCAUGUGGGGAGACAGUGGCCUGUAUUACUGUAUCAUCACCACCCCGGAUGACCUGGAAGGCAAAAAUGAGGACUCUGUGGAACUGCUGGUGUUGGGCAGAACAGGGCUGCUUGCUGAUCUCUUGCCCAGUUUUGCUGUGGAGAUUAUGCCAGAGUGGGUGUUUGUCGGCCUGGUGAUCCUGGGGAUCUUCCUCUUCUUCGUGCUGGUGGGGAUCUGCUGGUGCCAAUGCUGCCCUCACAGCUGCUGCUGCUAUGUCCGAUGUCCGUGCUGCCCAGAUUCCUGCUGCUGCCCUCAGGCCUUGUAUGAAGCAGGGAAAGCUGCCAAGUCCGGGUACCCUCCCUCUGUCUCCGGUGUCCCAGGCCCCUACUCCAUCCCCUCUGUCCCUUUGGGAGGAGCCCCCUCUUCUGGCAUGCUGAUGGACAAGCCGCAUCCACCUCCCUUGGCACCAAGUGACUCCACUGGAGGAAGCCACAGUGUUCGCAAAGGUUACCGGAUCCAAGCUGACAAAGAGAGAGACUCCAUGAAGGUCCUGUACUAUGUCGAGAAGGAGCUGGCUCAGUUUGAUCCAGCCAGAAGGAUGAGAGGCAGAUAUAACAACACCAUCUCAGAACUCAGCUCCCUGCAUGAUGAUGACAACAAUUUCCGUCAGUCUUACCACCAGAUGCGGAGCAAGCCGUUCCCCAUGUCUGGGGACUUGGAAAGCAAUCCUGACUAUUGGUCAGGUGUCAUGGGAGGCAACAGUGGGACCAACCGGGGGCCAGCCCUGGAGUAUAACAAAGAGGACCGAGAGAGCUUCAGGCACAGCCAGCCGCGCUCCAAAUCCGAGAUGCUGUCACGGAAGAACUUUGCCACCGGCGUGCCCGCGGUGUCGAUGGAUGAACUGGCGGCCUUCGCAGACUCCUAUGGCCAGCGGUCGCGACGCGCCAAUGGCAACAGCCACGAGGCGCGGGCAGGGAGCCGCUUCGAGCGCUCGGAGUCGCGGGCGCAAGGCACCUUCUACCAGGAUGGCUCCCUGGACGAGUACUACGGGCGCGGGCGCACUCGCGAGCCGCCGGGAGAUGGGGAACGCGGCUGGGCUUACAGUCCUGCGCGUCGCCGGCCGCCCGAGGAUGCUCCGCUACCGCGCCUGGUGAGCCGGACCCCUGGCACCGCGCCCAAGUACGAUCACUCGUACCUGAGCAGCGUGCUGGAGCGCCAGGGGCGAGCCGAGAGCACCAGCCGCGGUGGUAGCCUGGAGACACCGUCCAAACUGGGGGCUCAGCUCGGCCCGCGCAGCGCCUCCUACUAUGCCUGGUCGCCGCCUGCCACUUACAAGCCCGGGGCCAGCGAGGGUGAAGAUGACGACGAAGCAGCAGACGAAGACACGCUGCCACCCUACAGUGAGCUGGAGCUGAGCAGGGGACCGUCCUACCGGGGUCGCGACCUGCCCUUCCACAGCAACUCCGAAAAGAGGAGGAAAAAGGAGCCCGCCAAGAAAACCAAUGACUUUCCCACCAGGAUGUCCCUUGUGGUCUGAUGGUUUCAAGACACCUCUCUGGAUCACUAGAAAGCAGAUGCAGACUUCCGGACGAGACACAAAUCUGAGAGCCAGCAAGCCUAGGACCUUACCAGCAACCACCUUGGAAGAUUUGCUAAUCUCUGCUUUGGCAAGGGAUAGGAGGCACCCUUUAAGGAUGCUGAUUCCAAAAUCUAGUGCCCAUCUAGCCUGAGAAACUUAUCAAGAAAACAACGAUGUGUAAGAACAUACUACAUAAUAACCCACAGGGUUUAUCUUGCCCCCCUCCAUUUCCUUAGCAGAAUCAAGACUCUGUGUCCAGUUUUGAAACAGGUAGCUUUGAACCCCUGACCUCUAGAAAUUAUCUAUGCUUGCAGUCUGUUUUUCUACAAGUGCUGUUCUGUGCUUAGAGGCAGAAGAAUUUAUUACUACCGUUAGAGGACCCUCUGCUCACAAAAGAGAUAACUUCAAGGUAAAAUGUACCUUUUAUCCCUAUCACUUCCAGUCAUUGGUCAAUGAGUCUUGUUAUGCUAAAAUCAGAAGGCUUUUGGUGAGCUUAGUGGCAGUGACCUCCUGGGCAAUCACAGAAAUGACUUCAAUUUGCUGCUCUGACUCACAGUUCUUAAGUGGCUCGGACAAACAGAGGCUAGCAUUUUGAAAUGCUGUCUAAGUGGUCUCUCUUUUUCCAUUCAGAAAACGUAGGCUGGUUUUCAUCCUUCUGUUGUGCACAGUGACAUCCAAGCCUUGAAUCCUAAGGUCUCUCUCUCUCUUCCUCUCCUCUCCUGAACUUUUCAGGGGCAGUGCAUCUGAGGGUGUUCCACUCCACUCUGCAGUGUGAAUAGCUUGUCAUCAGGUGUCUUUGACAGUUGUUUAAAACACACACAUGAAAGGGAAGGAGAAAAGGAGACAACAGUGAAGCAAGAUCAAAAAUGGGAAAGAAUUGGAAGGAAAAUAAUAUAUAGUCUCAUUAUAUCUUGAGUUUGGAUUGUUUUCCCCACAAACACUCAGGUUUUUUUUAUUGGAUUUGUACUUCAUUUAAAGAUUAUUUCUGCCAUCGUGAUUCUGCCACUGCAGGGCACCAGGGAUGUGGUGUCAGCUUCUCUUGGCCUCACUGGCCUGCCACCAUAGAUGCUUUGAAGUCAAGAAAGACACUGAUUUCUAGGCAAGAAGCACUUCCUCUUCCUACCCUUGCAGAAAUAAUUGGUUUUUACCUAAAUACCAAAUUGAGAAGGCUCUGGACUUUGUCAUGUGUGUAAACUGCCAAAGUAGCCACAAGUUCUUCCCUUCUCAAGUUCCUGCGCAUGGACUUUGUCCUUUCUUGCUUCUCACGGGCCCUACCAAAUGUACCUGAACUAUCUAUCCCACAUGUCGAGAGAAGAGCCUGGCCACUAUUGUCAUUGUAUGUGACAGUUUUACCAACUCAUCAGACACAGAAGAGCGUCUAGCCACAACCAACAAAUGAACUGCCUAGCUGAGCCGAGCCCAAACUGGGGGUUCCCACUUGAGAGAAGUUUGGUACUCCUAUGUCUCUAUUAAUCAUCAAGGAUAAUCCCCCUCUCUUGUCAGAAUAUUUGACCCUGAAUCAGUUACUCACCCAACCUUAGGUGUUAUGCAGCCUUCACUUUCUUUGAGAGACUUUGCAGCCUGUAUUCUUGUGGCAAGACAAUGAUUGGGUAAAACGACUGAAAGAAAAUGAUGCUUGACAUCCCAUAAUCCAGCGGUAGUCUCUUCUCUACUUACUGGUCUAUGUGUAGCCUUUGAAGAAGGUUGAUCAGAAUUUCCAGGGUCUCCAGAUGGAAAUUCCAGAGUCUGCUCUGGUAGCAUCCAUUGUUCUUCAUGACAUUUCCAAAAAAUGUCCCGUGUGUGUGAUGUAAGAAGCUGCCCGGCGAAGGUUGGAAGGAUAAGCUAAUAUCGUUGCGUGGAGAAGAACUGACCUGCCAAGGAUGUCACAGUCGCUUUGGCCUGCCCUUAAAUGGAACAGAACGUUACUGCAGCCCAGUGCUGGCACUUCCAAGGGCUGGAAGACAAAGCCAUAACUCUGGUGCUGAGUUCUAGGCUUGCUAGUGUCCCUGGCCUCAGAAAACCUACAUCUGUUGUAUCUGUUUGGGCUCUAAAUCAGCAUGACAAAAACAUAAUUUCUUAAUCACCAGCUUUUGAUUUCAACUUGCUCAGGCACUUUUGAAGAAUAUUGGAUAGCUGCGGUAGCUAUUGUUAUACUGAGCACUGUGUCAGGCUUCUUACCACCAAAGAGCCCCAUAGCACAGGCUACAGAGACCAAAUAUAUUGCUUUGUAAAGCCAGGGGCGUGUGUGAGCUUGGUGAAAGCUGAGGGGAGAAAUAGGAAAAAACUGUUAAAAUUGGAAACAUAAAGUUCCAAAGGCAACAUGACUAUAGGCCGACAAUUAAAAAAAAUCAAUGUAAAGAUGAUAACAGCCUUUUGAAAUAAGUGGGAAGGGGACCACAGGUUGCUCUUUGUGGGUCUGCAUGAAUCAUUUGGGCUUCUAGGCCUUCAGUAGGGAGAGAAAGCGGUUGUUUCUGGGUAUGUGGAUAGGAGAUAAUGCUGGAUGGAGAAGCGAAGCUGGCUGUCCUCUGUGCCCUUGGCUUUUCUUUUCACAUCCCUUUGUUUUUUCUCCAAAUAGUGUGUCUUGCAUAGGAAGUGCCUAUACAUAUUAGUUCCUUUUCUGUCUUUCUAGGGCAUAAAGCAAGUCUGGUAUAAGAUGCGAUCUCCAUCCACUUGAGUCCCUACAGUUUAAUAAGGAAGCUAAGACAUGCCCAAGGAAGGAUAAGGAUAGUUUUAUGCAUAUGAUAGGAAAUAGUGCUAUGGAUAAAUUAUAAUAAACCCAGAGAUUUAAAUUUUUUUAAACUUAAAUGGGAAUAUUUUGAUAUUUAAGUGUUGUGUUUGUCUACCCAUCCCAUUUUUUUAAGGACAUGCUCAGUGAUCUGCAAAGCCAGGCUGUAAAAAUCUGAGCUGAGAAGAGGUGAAAGAGAAUGGAGAUGGAUGAGUGUCAGGGGGCCUGGAGGGCUGGUGCUGGGGCUCCUGUCUUUGCCUGUGAGUCACAGCUGAGUCAGGGACAGGCUGGAGGAGGGAGUACGGAAGCAGGUGGCAGGAGGUGUCCUGCUGUGUUCAGAGUUCUUCUCUAGGCCAUGUAUAGACUCAUUAGGAGACUGAGGACAGUUCUUCCACCCAAGCAAACCCAGGGGGAACUCAGUAUCCGGUCCUCCCGGCCCUCCUAUCUACAGCGUGGGGUGCAGUACUUGCACAAAUGCCAGAAGUCUCACACAGGCUGGGCAUCUCAUCUCACUUCUUAGGACCCCCACUUUUCACUUGUGGGGCUGGGCACACCAGGGUGAGCAGGGGCUGCCACUAAAUAUAAAAAUCUGGUUAGAUCUUCAACAGUCUUUGAGAAGAAUGAGGUAACCAAUGCUGCUUUAGUUCAUCCACUCCCCACCCCUUUUUGAGUAGAUGGAUAAACCGUCACUCCCAUAAAUGAAGUCACAAACCUGUCCGACCUUUAGAUUCCCAAUAUUUAGGCUUUUCGUGUUGGAUCUGUAUUUCCCAAAAUUGACUGGCCAUAAGAAUUACUUGAAUUAUCAGAGGACUCGAGUUUGGUUCCCAGCACUCUCAUGAUGACUCACAACUGUCUGUAACCCCAAAUCAAUUCCAGGGGACCCAAUGAUCUCUUAGAGCAUCUGGGAGUGCCAUACUCACAUGGUGCACUUACAUGAAGGCAAAACACAACAUAAAAAUGAAUACAUUCUUAAAAGUAAGAAAGGGGGCUGGAGAAGAUGGCUCUUAUGGUCUCUGCAGGUGCUGCAUACAUGUGGUGCACAGACACAUGCAGGCAAAAUGCACACUUGAAGAAGAGAUUUAAAAAUACUUGGUAAAUAAUUACUUGCCUGGAGAGCUGGGAAUUGACUCUGUUGGUAGUACUUACUUAGUGUGCACGAAACCCCGAUUCAGUGCCAACACUGUGCAAACUAGCAGCAGCAACAUGUGCCUGUACUCCCAACAUUUGGGAGGUAGAGACAGGAGCUUAGAAGUCCAAGGUCAUCCUUGGCUACAUAGUAAGUUCAAGGCUACAUGACACCCUGUCUUAAAGAACCAAACAAUAAAUCAAAAACACAAGGAUGACUUGACUGCCACUGUAAAAAUGUUGUUGGGCCAUGCCUUGGAGAAUGGAUGGGUGGAUCUGGAGUAAAGAUUUCUGCUCUGAACAUGUACUUUCAGAGAGCCCUGUAAUAGUUACCUUUGGGUAGUGUUACCCUGAACUGCACCUCUGGUGCACCCCUAACUGCUGGCUGUAAGUAUUUGGGCUGUAGAUUAUUUUAUUCAAAUAUCAAGGUGAGGUCUCUCUGACUCCCUUGGUUCUGGCACUGAUGAGGCACCCAGCAGCCUGGCUGUACCACUGGAGACUGGCUCACCACAGUCCAGCUGAAAGAAAAUAUUCAAAGGGAGAGAGUUGGAAGUCCUCCCCAGGAGUCUGCUUGAUAUGUUCCAACCCCCAGAAUAGUGAUCUGUUGUGACAGGCUCAGAUCAGACAACAGGAAUUACAGGUAAUUUUCUUAUUCCCUUGAUGUCAUCCUGAAUAAAACUUAGAUCAUGAAUAGAAAGAAGAAAACCAUUAGGGAAAAUGGCAAAUGUAAAUCAUUUUUAAAGGGUACAAAUUAACAGCCUCGCUAAUAAUGUAAUUUUCAUGUUAGGAUCAAAGGCGGGGUGGAGAAAAAUAAUAAGAUAUACAACAUUACCCCUUCCAAAAUCAGAUUUAAUUGCUGCCAGAAUCUUAUGAGAGUUUAGAAGUGAUGUGUAGAAGAGUUUAGAAACCAUCCAUGGAAGGUCUAAGGUCCUAGAAGCAGAAUAGUGCCUAGUUUUCCCUGCCAGGACCCUAUCUCCUGGUCAUGUGGGAUGAUGAUAGAUGCAAAGGCCCCAGUAGCAUCAAAGAAGUUGAGUUGCCUCAAGCAACUGAGGUCAGCAUUGCUGGGGUGAUAUGGUCAGUUUUUAAUGCUAUGUGCAUCACUCUUGUGAUACACUGCUGUUUACAGACCAUGUCCACAAGCAUUCUCUCAUUUGUUCUUCACAGCAAGCCCUGUGAUACAGACAGGGCAGGUGUUCUCCCGGCAUUCGGAAUGUGGAGCCGAGGUUGGAUAUGCCAAGUGACUAGCCCGUUGUCUAAAGGCUUUUAGAGUCUUUAGAUGGCCUUCUGACUGUCUAGGGUUCUUUACAACCUGUGCGGUACUCACAGGCCAAGACUCCGGCUUGUUCUCUUCACAACCGGAUGUGUAAUGAGGAGAGUCCUGCACUCAGUGGUGAGGAUUAGCCAUGAAGACUUUCGGCAUUCUGUUCCUAGAAGUCUGCCCUGAGGUGGGGUGCAUCUUUGCUGGGAGAGUUUCAUGCUGAGCACCAUGCUGUGAUGGGGAAGGUUUUGACAAAUAUGUUGCAACUUUCUGGAUUCUUCUCAAAGAUGAAUUUCUAAGCCAAGCUACAAGUUCAUCCAGGCUCAGAAUUCCAGGGUUGUGGGCAGGAGCCAUCAUCUUCACUAUAUUUUUAGUUUUUUUAAAGGUGGAAUUGAGGAUCCAGGUCUAGAGGGAGACAAAGAAGGUGAGGAGAGAGUUGUAGCAGUUGAGACAAAAGUCUUGUUAGAGUUUUUGGUGGGGCUUACUGGACAGGGGGUAAAUGUGGUCCUAUUCCUUUUAUCUAGAAGGCUGAGACAGAUGUCCAUAGCUUCUCUCCUGCCACAUAUAUUAACAAAGGUGUUAGGCACUACUCCAUGAGACAUUUCCUUGUGAAAAUAAAGAAUGUGACUUUAAAACAGUGAUGUGAAGAGAAGACGCCUACUUCACAAGAGUCACCUGCCCAGUUGUUUUUGUGCCUUGUCUGUGACAUCAAAACUGAAAUGUUUGUGUCACUGUUGCCCAUGAUAUUUUCCUAUGUCAGACAUACAAAGUGCAUUCGAUUGUAAUGUUUUAAAGUAAAUAAAGCAUUUUCAUCUA